AUGAGGCUUCAGGUCGUCACACUAGUGUUGCAGCUCCACGAAGGUGUGAGCGCACUGGAGCACGUUUCUGAUGUUAUUUCUUCCUACCUGGGGCCCCCGCCCAAUCUGUCGCUAGCUCGAGCUUGCACGUUCGGGUCGACGCCGCUGCUGGACUGGAUCUGGGAGAGUAGCUGCACGACUGAAGUUGACAGGAAGCCUAACUGGACGUUGACGAACUACCUGCGAUCGGAGAUUCGCUACGGGGAAUGGCAGUUCAACGAGCCUAUGGUUGUCGCUGCGCAGAGAGGGAAUUUGGCUAUCUUGCAGUGGCUUCUUGACCACUAUUCGGAAUGCAGCGUUGAUAAAACGGUGGUGGAAGCAGCCGCACAAGCAGGGCGCUGCAAUUUCUACACCAACAAGCUCGGUCUUAGCCACCCGACCGUGAUGCGCGAUGCAGCGGCGCUUGGCCAUCUCAAGGUGGCAAAGUUGCUGCAAGCGCGCUGUGGACUGCGCGUCAACCGAGAAGAGGCCAUCUUCUUAGCAGCAGCAAAUGGACAUUUGGAUGUGGUGCAGUGGCUGUAUGAGACGCCUGCAGCCACGUCGUCUGGCGCGUUCCAUCCUGGCCCUGCUUGGUUUGGUAAAAUCUACGUUCAAGACGACCCCAUAGUCAAGGACCUGCAAACUUCCAGUGCAAAACCUGCGACUGCGAUGGACGCAGCUGCAAUAUUUGGGCACUUGGACGUCGUUCGCGGAAAUUUAGAGGGUGGAGGUCGCUUGAUCCCACGCGCAACUACGACGGCGAUGGACGGCGCGGCUGCAAUGGGGCAUUUGGAAGUUGUAAAGUGGCUGCACGCGCGUCGGAGCGAGGGGUGCACGAUGCGUGCGCUGGACGGAGCAAUAGCAAACAACCACUUCGAUGUGAUGGAGUGGCUCUUUGCCAAUCGGUCGGACGGGUUCUCACUGGCAGCGCUCUGCUCCGAAACGGAAGAGCUCACUUCUCUUCGCUCGCUGCAGUGGUGCGUCAACAUUGGCGGAACAGAAGAGCUCCAACUGACUGACAUGAAGCUGAAGGCCGUCACGCUGGUGCUGGGGCGCCACGAUGGAGUCAACUCACUGGAAGACGUUUCUGGUGCUAUCUCUUCCUACCUGGGCCCCCCGCCCAACCUGUCGCUAGCGCAAGCUUGUACGUUCGGGUCGACGUCGCUGCUGGAUUGGAUCUGGGCGAGUAGCUGCUCAACUGAAGCUGACAGGAAGCCUAACUGGAAGUUGACGAACUACCUUCGGUCCCAUGCUGGCUACAGCAAGUGGCAAUUCACCGAGGCUAUGACUGUGGCUGCAGCCACAGGAGACGUCGACGUGUUGAUCUGGCUACUGGAGCACUCUCCAGGUUUUAAAGUGGAGGCGUCCGUGGUGGAGGCAGCAGCAAAAGCUGGUCAGUUAUCCGCGCUGCAGCUCCUGAGCCAAGAGUGCGCCGCGCCACAACCAGGCACUGGAAAUCAAGAGACCCAGCGUCGUUACAGUCGUUCGGAGGUUGUGAAGUGGUUGCUGGAGCGUGGCGUUUCCACCGUUUCGGCUGAGGAAUGCACGAGUCUGGUCUCAAAUGCAGCAGAGAACGGAGAUGUUGUGUUGGUGCAAUGGCUCAUCGCGCAUGACAAGCAUUACAUCGAUCAACAUAUCGCUGGGGAUGACACUGGUGACGACGUGUUGCAGUGGCUUCUGGCCAGGAGCAGUGACGAGAACUACCUGCCACUCUUGCGGCACUUGCUGUGCGCCUCGACGGCAAGUGGCCGCAUUGAUUUUGUCAAGAGAAUUAUCGAGCUCCGUCAGUCUCACGCCCAACAGUACGAAGAUGAGCUGGAGCAAGCGUUUGUGGUGGCGUGUUCUAGCGGGCAGCUCGAAGUUGUGAAGUGGAUACUGGACCAGGGUCUCGGGCGUCGCAUGGACAAGUAUCCGUCUGACGUUAUGCAUAAUGCAGCCUCACGCGGUCACCUCGCCAUUGCAAAAUUGCUCCACAACCAACGCGGACACCAAGUCAGCGCAGCUGAGACGAUGUUUUACGCGGCGGGUUAUGGGCAUCUAGCAGUGGUGCAGUGGCUUCAUGAAUUAUUCGGGGAAGCUACACCUGGUGGGAUAUUCCAAAGUCUGCCGACCUCUUCUGUCUGCUCGUGGACCAAACUCGGUGGUCUGUUUCUGGGGAUUGGUGAACGAGAAGUCGUCCGCUCGAUUGUCAAUGAGCCAAUCCACUCCGUCGACGUGCCGGUUAUUCGCAGCCUCAACCAGCACUAG